AUGGCGACUCACGCUGCGAUCACUGCUGCGAAUCUUCAGGAUUCAACUCAUGAUUACUACAUUCAUCCGAAUGAGAAUCCGUCUUUGGUGCUUGUGACUCCGAUUCUUGAUGGAAGCAAUUAUCACGGUUGGGCUCGUGCGAUGGAAAUGUCUCUGCAGAUGAAGAACAAGUUUGGUUUUGUGGAUGGUUCUAUCACCAAGCUUUCUGAUACAGAUCCUAUGCUCUCUGCCUGGAAGCGUUGCAAUAAUCUUGUUCUUUCAUGGAUCAAUCACUCUGUUUCGCAUGAGAUAGCCACAAGUAUCAUCUGGAUUGAUACUGCAUCAGCUGCUUGGAAGGAUCUGAAAGAUCGUUUUUCACAAGGUGAUUCUGUAAGAAUCUCUCAUCUUCAUCAUGAAUUGUAUUCUCUUAAGCAAGCUGAUUUGUCAAUUACUGCAUAUUACACAAAAAUGAAGAUUCUCUGA